AUUUAUUUAAAUAUAAUUAUAAAAUAUAUUGACAAAGCAUUUAUAAAGCACACGCGGCUAUUUUUAUUUUGUUUGUAGUUUCGAAAAUCUAGAAGAAAAAAACAACUCAAAAAUGGCUGAUAAUGAUGAUCUUUUGGAUUACGAGGAUGAGGAACAGACCGAGACCACUGUUGCCGAAACUCAAGAGGCGCCAAAAAAAGAUGUCAAAGGUACCUACGUAUCUAUACACAGUUCUGGUUUUCGUGAUUUCCUGCUAAAGCCGGAAAUUUUAAGAGCCAUCGUUGAUUGUGGUUUUGAACAUCCAUCGGAAGUACAACAUGAAUGUAUUCCUCAGGCAGUAUUGGGCAUGGAUAUUCUGUGCCAGGCUAAAUCUGGUAUGGGUAAAACUGCUGUGUUUGUACUUGCCACACUGCAGCAAUUGGAACCAACCGAAAAUGUUGUCUAUGUUCUAGUCAUGUGUCACACUCGUGAACUUGCAUUCCAGAUCAGUAAGGAAUAUGAACGAUUCUCUAAAUAUAUGCCAUCCGUAAAGGUUGGCGUAUUCUUUGGCGGUUUAUCCAUCCAAAAAGAUGAAGAAAAUUUAAAGAAUGUCACUCCACACAUUGUUGUUGGUACACCUGGUCGCAUUUUGGCUUUGAUACGCAACAAGAAAUUGAAUUUGAAGCAUUUGAAACAUUUCAUCCUUGAUGAAUGUGACAAAAUGUUGGAACAACUUGACAUGCGUCGUGAUGUUCAGGAGAUUUUCCGCAGUACACCUCAUGGAAAACAAGUUAUGAUGUUUUCCGCCACAUUAAGCAAAGACAUUCGUCCUGUUUGCAAAAAAUUCAUGCAAGAUCCCAUGGAAGUGUAUGUGGACGACGAAGCCAAAUUGACAUUGCAUGGUCUGCAACAGCAUUAUGUCAAGUUGAAGGAAAAUGAGAAAAACAAAAAAUUAUUUGAACUUUUGGAUGUAUUGGAAUUCAAUCAAGUGGUAAUUUUUGUAAAAUCGGUACAACGCUGCAUGGCCCUAGCUCAAUUGUUGACAGAACAAAAUUUCCCCGCCAUUGGUAUUCAUCGUGGUAUGACCCAGGAGGAACGUCUAAAUCGUUAUCAACAAUUUAAGGAUUUCCAAAAACGUAUUUUGGUCGCCACAAACUUGUUUGGACGUGGCAUGGAUAUUGAACGUGUCAAUAUUGUAUUCAAUUAUGACAUGCCCGAAGAUUCGGAUACCUAUUUGCAUCGUGUGGCUCGUGCUGGUCGUUUUGGUACCAAGGGUUUGGCCAUUACCUUUGUGUCGGAUGAAGCCGAUGCCAAAAUUCUCAAUGAAGUUCAGGAUCGUUUCGAUGUGAAUAUUACAGAGUUGCCCGAUGAAAUUGAUUUAUCCUCUUACAGUGAGUAUAAAUAAAAUUGAUA